AUGGCGACAAGCUGUGAUGCUGGGAUUAAGGGAAGCUGGCUGGAAGUGGUGAUCAGAGCAAAACACAAGUCAGAAAUGCCGGAAGGAAUGGCCCAGUUCGAACUGAAAGGAAAAACCUUCUGUCUUCUGGGUUGCCCACAGAGCAAAUUUGUGGCCUUCUGCAACGACUCAAAGCAUUUCAAGCUAGAGGUGGAGAUCAGCGAGUUGGUGAGCCUGGGAAAAGAAGCCCUGGCAAGCGGCGAAAGCGACCUAGCCUUCCUCUCAGCAGGAGAGAGUCCAAAGGAGCCCAAGAAGACCAGCAGAGCAGCAGCACGAAAGACCCUGGAGGAAAGCGAGAACUCCUCGGACAGCAGCAGCGACCACAGUUCUUCUUCAGAAGAUCCAAACAUGGCGAGUGCUCUGGGCAAUCUGCGGAAGAACUGGCUAGAGAAGGCUACGCCUGGCGGAAAAAGAAGAAGCAGAUUAAAGGACAGCAGCCGCCGUCACACCCUGCUACAACUCAAAGACAAGCCGGGCAGCAGUCAAGAUCAGGGUCAGGCGAUGUUGAGGCAGCUGGGAAAGGAGGAAGAUCCCAUCAAAGCCCGGAUAGCUAUGCAGAUCUACAAGGACAUGCAGAAGACCAAGCAUCAACGUCGAGACCGGCGUUGGAGGGACAGCAGCCAAGACAGCUCGAGCGAGAGCGACCUCAGCCAAGAUGGAGAAGCAAAGCCUCGACGCUCUGGUGCUGGAAAAGCAGUAGAAAGCUUCGAAGCCUCAAAGCGGCGCAUGAAGCGGAACCCGCUGAAAGUGGUAGGUCGCUAUGUCAGAGACCUCGAGAAAGAGCUUGGGGCGGAGGGCAGGCCAUUUCGCAUCCACGAAGGCUCACGUCGAGCCCCGUGGGGAAAACAGAAGACACUGCAACGCAUCCAUUACAUGCUCUCGGAGAUCUUGGAAUUGAUGCUGGCCGAACGUUGGGAUCGUGCAGCUCUGCAGACAGUCCUUUGCCUCAAAAGUGUUCACCAGGCAGCGCUGGAUGGCGGAGACUGGCAGGUGGCAUGGCUUCUGUGCCACCUACCCGACCCGGUGCAGAAGGUGCGGUUUGGCGGCACCGUCGACGAACUGGGCCAAGUGACAUCUUACCUCAAAGGGAUCGCGGAUCUCGAGAAGAGUGCAGAUCGUCUCCGUCAAGCGUCAUGGAACAGCAGUGCCACGGGCUGGGACCAGUCAGAAACUUCCAGCAAAAAGGACAAAAAGAAAGGGUUAGGAAAGGGAAAGAAGGACUCCAAAGAGACAGAGAAUGCCUAA